AUGAUCGAUUUUGAAUUGGUCGACUCAAUUCCCUAUCCAGGCGUAUUCUAUUGGGAAAACAUAAAUGAAGCUAUAUUGCAAAUACCUUUUAUACGUUUGCUUAGUAAUGCUUAUAGUAUAAACUUGGGUUUAUUCUCCGCACUCAUUGACAGAGAAUAUUGGAUUCCAGCAGAAAAUGAUAUGAGAAAACCGCCAAAGCUUUUGAGAAACCAUAUAUAUCAUAAUAAAAUUGAUACAGAUAUUUAUCGUACUGCUGGACUUCCCAAGAAGAACUGGUUCUUGGUGGGAAAAUUAAAAAAAGGAGCUCCGGGACCUCUUGCAGCUUGUUGGGAAAUUAAUAGGGAGGGAGAUAUACAUUAUGAAAACUGGUCAUCUUGGAAUGAUGACCCUUGGCUCGAAAAUGGUUUUCAACAGUUUGAACCAAUUGGACUAUCUGGAACUGUCAUAAUGACACUAGUAUGUAUGUCAACCGUCAUAUUCAUAGGUGCAUACGAAGGAGUUAUGGGUUGGUCAAUUCUCCUAUCAUUAUAUGCAUUUUUCUUUCCUGGUAUGAGUGAUCUUUUGUGGCAUUGUACGAUCGGAACUUUGAUAGGAGCAGCUCGCGAAGGGAAAUUCAAUCAAUUUCGACUCUGGUGGUAUCGUUUUUACUAUCAAAAAUCGCGUCAAAAGGAUUUGGGUCAUGACAACUGGCUAAAUAAUUUACCGAAAGAUGAGGUCACGUUAUUGAUUGGUUAA